AUGGUGGUAUCUUAUAUCACAAUGCGCAACUGUAGCCUUCGUGAAAGACGUGGUUCAUCGGUGUCGCUGACAAUCGAUCCCGGCCGGUUCCAAAGCUCCACUCUUCAAAUAUCAACAGUCCAUGAAGAUAUUUCUGAAGAACUGGAGCUUCGUAAGUCACGACGUCUGACACGCCACCAAUUGCAUCAUCUUGACAUCUCGGUAUCCUUGUCCGCAAUCUACGCAGAAUUUGCUGCUCUUCCAAGUCCAAGUACUUCGUCCUGUGAAAAAGUUGCUGGUUGCAGUCAGAAAAAUCGACAUACGUUGUGGCCCAUACGGGAAACUCGUGUACGGCUAUUAUCCAACUACGGAGCUUCAUGUAAUUCUACAGCUGAGGAUGAUUCGAAGUCAGAAUUAAUGUAUAUCGCAGCAGAAGGCCCAAUGCCGAAUACAGUUAACGAUUUUUGGUCAAUGGUUCUUCAGGAACGUACACCAGUUAUUGUAAUGGUGACCAACCUAGAGGAAAAACCUUGCGGAGCCAAGCUAGCAUUAAAAAAAUGCGAGAAAUACUGGCCGGAUAGCCAUGCCUGUUAUGGAGAAAUUGAUGUUACCGUCGUAUCAACAUACUUUCAUGACGGUGUACAAAUUCGCCACAUCAUUUUAAAUUGUGGUGGUUUGGAGCAUCACGUGAGGCACAUUUGGUUUACAGAAUGGUUAGAUCACCGUUUGCCUGUGCAACAUAUCACUCAACUUUUGAAAGUAAUCGUUGCUACGGAAAGUUACAGGAAUGAAUAUCGAGAAUUUUCCUCUCAUACAGCACCAGUUAUUGUCCAUUGCAGUGCUGGAAUCGGUCGAACCUGUACCUUUAUCGCGAUAGCUUUGGGAGUGGAUCAGCUCUGUAAAACUCCUGAAAACAUCGAUGUUUUUUCUAUUGUAUCCAGAUUACGCAGACAGAGAUUUGGAGCUGUACAGCUUCCAGGACAGUAUGCAUUCAUCUACCUAGUGCUGCAACGCAUGGAAAAAAUCCUUCCAGAAUUUUGUGCACAGAAUGACCAAGACAAGUUCCCUGCAUGCCUUACUUUCUCAAAGACAUUCGACGAUGAGAAUGCCAAGUCAGAAAGUGAAAAUGAUGACGAAAUAUUCUGGAAUAACCAAGCUGACCUACUUUACAGCAAUUUCUAACAGUUAACGAACCAGGGUCUCACCUUUCCAUAAAACAUACCUGACCGUAUUCAGUUUGCUCAU